AUGAAGACGGACAGCGGGACGCAGCCGGCGGCCUUCAGCGGCAGGAAGCAGAGUCUGAUCGAGGAUGCUCGCCGGGAGCGCAGCAGCGGCUCCGCGGGCUCCCCGGGGCCCUCCCGGUACCGGGACAGCUUCGUGUUCGAGGAGAAGCACGGCAGGGUCACCGUUAACGUCCUGUUCGCCCUCAGCAGCGAGAAGAACGCGGGAUUCUUCAAAACGGGGAAAAUAUUCGAGACGUUUGCAGCUAAACUUCUCCACAUCGAAAGUCGCCCAGGGAGGAAGUCAAAGAACAGCAUCACAGACCUGGAGUUCUUCAUGAAGUGUGAAGUUCACAGCUCCGAUCUGGACGUUUUCAUCAACUCACUGAAGAGAGUGGUGGACGACGUUCGCUCCGUAGCUGAAGAAAAAGUUCCCUGGUUUCCCAGGCAGAUAAAAGACCUCGACAGAUGCAACAUGUUAAUCACCAAAUUUGAUCCGGACAUGGACCAGGACCAUCCAGGAUACAGCGAUCCAGAGUACAGAAAAAGACGAGCCUUCAUCUCUGAGCUCGCCUUCAGAUACAAACAAGGCGACCCGCUGCCCACGGUGGAGUACACAGCUGAAGAAGUGUCCACAUGGAGGGAGGUGUACCAGCAGCUGCGGAGUAUUUACCCCAGUCUGGCCUGCAGGCAGUUCCUGGACGGGCUGCAGCAGCUGGAGAAAGAGUGUGGAUACGGAGAGGAGCGAAUCCCUCAGCUCAGAGAGAUUUCUGCCUUCCUGAAAGAGAAAACUGGCUUCCAGCUGCGUCCCGUGGCCGGCCUGCUGUCAGCCAGAGACUUCCUCAACAGUUUGGCCUUCAGAGUGUUUCAGUGCACGCAGUACAUCCGACACCCCUCGGCGCCCAUGCACUCCCCCGAGCCAGACUGCUGCCAUGAACUGCUCGGCCACAUUCCCAUGCUGGCAGAUAAAGAGUUUGCACAGUUUUCACAGGAGAUUGGACUGGCCUCGCUUGGAGCUUCAGAUGAAGACAUUGAGAAACUGUCAACGUUAUACUGGUUCACUGUGGAGUUUGGUCUCUGUAAGCAGAACGGAGCGGUGAAAGCUUACGGCGCCGGGCUGCUGUCUUCUUACGGAGAACUUGUUUACGCUCUGUCUAAUGAGCCGGAGUACAAACCGUUUAACCCCGAGGAGACGGCGGUGCAGCCAUACCAGGACCAAACCUACCAGCCUGUUUACUUUGUGUCGGAGAGCUUCGAGGAUGCAAAGACUAAACUGAGGAAAUACUCUGCAACCAUCAAGCGACCCUUUGCGGUUCGCUACGAGCCCUUUACCUGCAGCGUGGAGGUCCUGGAUCAGACCGGAAAGAUCCAGAACGCCCUGAGCCAGAUGAGAGAAGACCUGAAGACCCUUCACAGCGCUUUGGAGAAAUUCAGCUCAUCUUAAGACAGAUAUUCUGCAGAAAGAGAGAAGAAAGUCAUGCAGAAAGUUGAAAGGACAUUUGGCCUCUGUAAAUACUGUAAAUGAGAUCUACUGUUAUGAGAAAAAAACCCACUAAGAAAAUCAUAAUGUAGUCAUGUUUGUGAAGUUCCACAUGGCCAUUUGUUUGUGUGUAUAUUGUAUCAUGUAAAAACAAAUAAACAUUUAUUUUCAUCAAGAAAACUUCAGUGUUUUGCAUUCCAGAGAUUAUUU